AUGCCCUUCAUCACCUUCUCCGACGUGGCGGUCUUCGAGUUCGACGUCAUCUUGCUCUUCGCCAUUUUGGCGCUGCACGUUGACCUCGAGCUGUUCUGGACCUGGGCGGAGACGCUGAACAGCAAGUUUCACUUGCGCUCGGCGCUCCAAGUUCUGGAGAAGUCGGUCGAACCAGCCCAUCUUACUGGGCUCGCCUCAGCGGACUGUGCAGUCUGCGACCUCCGCGCCCAGCUGGUAGGAAGCGACGCUCAGCUCGGGAAAGCAGAGGGCGACUUCUUCUGCUACGCUGGUGAAGGUAUGACCAUCAACGAGACUGACCUCAUCGCGUCCGCGCCUCUGAGCGCGGCCCCCGGUGUUCAGCUUAUCCCCCCAGCCCUAUCCUCGGGGGACACGCGCUUUCUCAAGGUGCAGAAGGACGGUCGUGCCUUCUGCGACGGCGGCAAAAGUGGACCGCGCGAGCUCCGCGAGGGCACGUGGGAGGGCGACUGGAUCCGCAAUUACCCGGCAGAGAAUCGGGAAAUCGCUUGCAACGAGGGUCACAACUGCCGCUGGUUUUGUCUUUGGUGCAGGCAGCGCCACCUGGAGGAGAGCGGCGUCGAGGUACCGAGGGGGAACGUGGCAGAGAAGUUGGCCGCGUGCCAGAAG